AUGGCAGACUUUGCAAAGUCCAUUCUCAGCAUGAGCGGCUUCAACCUCAAGGAGUCGUCGCCUGCUUCCCAAACGGAAUCCUAUAAUGGCCUUGACUCGUCUAUAUCCACAUUGGAACAAUCCAAUGGCGAUGAAAGCGCCGCCAAAAAAUUCUUCGCCAAGAGUUUAGCAGCUCCCCCUACCACUGCUGUUUCCAACAACUCCUUGGCUUACGGCACAACCACAUCUGCCGCCGAAGCCCACCCUCUGAACCCGCAGCUGGGCCACAACCAGAUCCUCAACGAAUUGCAUCCUUACUACUCCGACAGCACAUCCGCUACGCAGCUGAACGAACACGCGGCCGUUUCUGCUGCGGCGGCAUCUGCUGCAGCUGCUGUUUCCAAUUACGGAAUCAACAAAAACAUCAAUUCAGCGCCACCGGCCCAACAACAACAACAACAAGCCACGUCUGUGGGCUCUUCAUCGUCGUCUUCCAACCCGGUGAUCAUCACAACCGACGAAAAGGGCAAACACAUCAAUGCCUCCUCCCAACCAAAAGGAAAGUUGAAGGUUUGUAUCAUCGGAGCCAAAGACUUGAUGGUUUCUGAAUACUCCCAGCCAUAUGUCGUGUCGACCUUUGAGAGCUCGGAGUUUGUGAACAACGCAACCCCGUCCUUAAGUAAAUCACCAAUGUUCCCGCCGAAAUCCGCGGGUUUGCCCAUGAGACAACCAACAGAUAUGAGACCUGCGUUGUACCAAAGACAAUCGUCGCAGCUCAAUUUCUCUCACGGCGAAACAAACCCCACAUGGAACCACGAAGCGGUGUUUGAUGUGGUGGGAACAAAGUCCGAGUUGGAAAUCUCUGUUUAUGAUGCGGCAAAAGACGAUGCUUUCCUCGGCCAGAUCCGCAUUUUCCCCAACACAGACUCGUCUACGUCAAACAAGAGCAGCGACGCCGAGUGGAUCCCUUUGAAGGCUCGUGUGGUUGGAGAACGAGUGACUGGUCACUUGCAAAUCAAAUGGGAGUACACUAGUGUCGACUCGAAAAAGCUGUACGGCCCAGAAGACUUUGAAGUUUUGCGCCUUCUUGGAAAGGGUACGUUUGGCCAGGUCUAUCAGGUCAGAAAGAAGGACAGCGGCCGGAUUUAUGCCAUGAAAAUCUUGUCCAAGAAGCUCAUUGUUAAGAAGAAGGAAAUUGCCCACACAAUCGGCGAGAGAAACAUCUUGGUGAGAACUUCUGCUGCGGCGUCGCCGUUCAUUGUUGGUCUCAAGUUCUCGUUCCAAACACCGACAGAUUUGUACUUGGUAACUGACUACAUGUCUGGAGGUGAAUUGUUUUGGCACUUGCAAAAAGAGGGCCGCUUCAGCGAAGACCGCGCGAAGUUUUAUAUUGCUGAGUUGGUUUUGGCCUUAGAACACUUGCACGACAAUGAUAUCGUUUAUCGUGACUUGAAACCCGAAAAUAUUCUUUUAGAUGCUAAUGGGCACAUUGCCUUGUGCGACUUUGGCUUGUCCAAGGCCAAUUUGAAUAACGAUGGAACCACAAACACCUUUUGUGGAACAACCGAAUAUUUGGCUCCAGAAGUUUUGCUUGACGAAACUGGAUACACGAAGAUGGUGGACUUCUGGUCGCUUGGCGUUUUGAUUUUCGAAAUGUGCUGUGGUUGGUCUCCGUUUUAUGCCGAUAACACCCAGCAAAUGUAUAAGAACAUUGCGUUCGGAAAAGUCCGCUUCCCCAAAGAGGUGUUGUCGCCUGAGGGAAGAUACUUUGUCAAGGGUUUGUUGAACAGAAACCCUAAACAUAGACUUGGAGCGGUGAAUGACGCCCGCGAAUUGAAGGCCCACCCAUUCUUCCAAGAUAUUGACUGGAACUUGUUGAGGGCAAAGAAUAUUCCUCCUCCAUUCAAGCCUCACUUGUCAUCGGAGACAGACACGUCGAAUUUCGACCCAGAGUUCACGAAUGAGUCUACUUCUGUUCUCAAAAAGCACAUGGAGAUGGCCUCAACGCCGCUUUCGCCUGGUAUCCAGGCCAACUUCAAGGGUUUCACGUACGUGGACGAUUCGGCAAUGGAUGACCAUUUCAAGUCGCAACGGUUCAACUCUUUCCGGAACCCAGGCUCAUUCAUACCUGGAAAUCCCAACUUGCCUCCGGACGACGAGGUCAUUGAAGACCAGAUCGACGAAGAAGAUGAGAUGGACAUUGACCAGGAUAAUAACACCGAGAGCGAGGAGUUUGUCAAUGGCCGCUUUGACUUGUAA